AAGAUAGUUAAGGGUUAAAUGCCACUCCACCCUCCCUUCCAACUUUAGAUAUUCUCAGGUUCCUUCCCCCUAAUCUCUUUCCUUCUGCACCCUAAACCUCUUCCUUGACUCCCCUCCCAAACGCUUUCUUCUCCGUGUUUCACUCCCGGAUAAUUCGCAAGAGAGAACGGGAAGAAUGAUCGAGCAAGGCGAAAGUGCAUCAUCGAACAGCAGGUCAUGCGCGGCCUGCAAGCACCAGCGGCGCAGGUGCUACCCGGGCUGCGUCUUGGCCCGCUACUUCCCGGCCAAACGCGCCGCCCGGUUCGAAGCCGUCCUCCGCCUUUUCGGUAUCAGCAACCUCAUGAGGUUCUACAAUGCCGCCCCCAGCGAGCAACGCGACCACGUCGUCGCGACCAUGACGUUCGAGGCGGAGACCCGGAGCGUCAACCCUGUGCUUGGCUGCGUCGCCAUUAUCCAUGACCUUAAUGCACAGAUCGACGCCACCUUUCGUGAACUCGACGUAACUUUCAGCCAGCUCAAUUUCUACCGCCGGCAGCAGCAGGAGCAGCAGCAGAUGAUGAUGAUGAUGCCGCCGCCACUGGCAUCGAUGCCGGCGCUUCAUGCGAAUUCAUUACUGCAGCAGCAACAGCAGCAGCUACCGCCACCACUGCUGCCGCCUGUCUUGAUGCAUUUGGAUGAUCGAGGGGUCGACAUUGGGAGAUCGCAUGGAUCGCGGCCAUCGGGCGAGGGGGCUAUCAGGUCGUCUAACCCAGCGGCGGUACCUCCCAAUCCAGUGGUACUGGAUCCUUCUAAUUCAGAAGGACUCGAUAAAAUGUACGGAAUCCAAGGUUGGAGCGCGAGAACAAGGGCUCGAUGGGCUGAAGGCUGCAACAGGAGAACUUUAUAUUGAUAAUUUUAAUGGAAAACCUCCACCUUCAACUAAAGAUCAUGUCAUCUCUUCAGAGUUUUCAGUUGGAUCAAAGAAAGCCAAGAGAGAUAAGGCAAAAGAAACCCACUCUACAUAGUUCAUCAGAAUCAGAAAUCUCUGUAGUGCAAUUACUUCGAUGAUUUUUCGUUAUUAGUUGUUUCGUUGUUGACAAUUACUUUGAUCUUUCCUUAUUGUUCAUGAAUUACUUUACUA